AUGCUAAAAUGCAUACUUUACUAUAGAGAGGUCGUGUUCUUCGCUAUAACGAAUGCAUUGGUAGUAUUCGGACUUGUCACAUGUGAUGUUGCCCUUGCUAUCGAUCAGUAUGACUAUCUCACCUCGGGGACAUCUUCUACAAAAGGCACGUCCCUAAAAUCAGCCUUCACCACUGUUACAGUAAGAAGAGUGGAAUUCAAUAACCAAAUACUUGAUGCGCUCUGUGAAGCAACCAACUGUUUACACUUGAAAAGCCCGAGCAUGUAUCUGGGGAGUGCUCUUUUUGAAGGCCAACUUCGAAUUGAUUUGAUUUUCCUAUACUCAUUUUGCCGCUUGAUUGACGAUCUGGUCGACGAAGCUCAAAACAAGGAUCAAGCUUUCUUGUGGAUCGAACGGUGCUCAGCGUUGUUAGAUGCGAGGUUCCUUUCCCAGGACGUCGAAAAAUCAAUUUCCCUGAAGGGUCUGUGUUCUGAAGUUGAUCAAAGGCUCGUUGCAGCCAUUAAACAAAUUCCUGCGCCACGUCUGUCCAAACAGCCUCUCCUUGAUCUGCUGAGAGGGUUGAAGACAGACUUGGAAUUUAAUCACAAACAAGGAAUAUUUCCUAUCCAGACAGAAGCUGACCUCGAUAUGUACGCUUCUCUGGUUGCUGGCACCGUGGGAGAGCUGACAUUAAGCUUGAUAUACCACCAUCACUUCCAAAACAAGCCUAUUCAUCCACCAGACCAUUUACAACAGAUAACGGCUGCUGGUAGAGAGAUGGGCAGGGCGCUACAAUAUGUCAACAUUGCCCGGGACAUCCACCGAGACGCUGUUAUUGGCAGAGUAUAUAUACCCACAGCAUGGCUUCAAAAGGCAGGUGUAUCUCCUUUAGACGUGAUUGAUUAUCCUUCGCACCCGAAAGUAUAUACGAUGCAAGCAAUGCUCUUGGAUAAGGCCGAGUAUUGCUAUCAGAACUCUCGUGCUGCAAUUGAUAAACUGCCUCUCGAGAUCCAAGGGCCUGUGAAUGCCACAAUUGAGAGUUAUAUGGAAAUCAGUCGCAGUCUUAGAAAGAAGAAAGGCAAUCUUCAAUCCGCAAGAAAAUUUCGCUUACCGCUAUGGCGGCGGUUGCUCGUUGCAUGGAAAGCAAUGAACCUUUAG